AUGGAAGAUUUCGAGGUUCCUAUUGACGCUCCUCUCGACAUACAGCAAAAGGCUACUCAGAUGAGGCGCUGUUGGGAGCAGAUACAAGCCUUGACGGGUCAAUUGAAGGCAGCAGAGUCCCUCUGGAACAGUCUAAGAGACGAGGUUGCUGGAUAUAUCCAGCAAUCAGAGCGAAAACGUUUGAUUUCUGCACGUCCCGCGAAAGUGUCGCUCGACGGCUUGCCCAACGAACUGCUAUUCAACAUCUUUCGACAUCUACGGUUUGAGAGAUAUGGUCACCUCGGAGCUCUUCUUCUCAUCAACAAACGCAUCCAUCACUUCGUAAUGAGCACUCCUUUACUGUGGACUCAUAUUGAAGUCUUGGUCGACUGCGACUUGUUGGAUGCAACGCCCCCAAAGCCCUCAUACGUCGAGGCAUGCUUAAAGAAUAGCCAAAGCGCCGGCUUAGAUAUCGAGAUCCACCUAGAAUGGGACGCAGCGGCGGAGUUUCUUAAACAAGCUGCAAUCGUCGCAGUCGUCAAUCUAGUAGAUGAACAGGAGGAGGAUGCAGUCUGGUCGACCUUGAACGACAUAGACAUGGACUUCCGCUGCCCCGUAUAUGAAAAAAAGGAGGCGGCAUUAUUCGAAGUUCUGGAUGCCAUUAUCGGUACUGACGGAUGCAACAUGCGCCGAUGGAAGUCACUGGUCCUUUCACUACCAUCUGAUCCUUCGCAUCGCAUAGCUAUUCUCGAACGACUCAUCGGGAGCACUCCAAAUCUUUGUGAAGUGGACCUACAAAACACAGAUGGAUCUGAUAGCGAGCAAGAUGCCUGGGACAGUAUCUUUCAAGAUCUUUCCAGCCUAUCUUGCUUUACGAGUGACUAUCGGCUGCCUUGGGCAUUUUCUGCGCUAAACCCCAAUAGAAUCAGUGAACUCAAGAUCGACCUUCGAAACUCUAUGGACUUUGAGAUACUAGCUUCAUACCGAGCACUUCAACACUUGGAUAUUUAUUGGGAGGGCAAGGGGGAUUCAAGCAAUUCGAUUAUAUUGCUCCCAAAUCUACGUAGUUUACAUAUAAGAGGCCCCUAUAACUAUAUCCUCAAUCGCCUCCUCACACCUCUCCUUGACAAACUCUCAAUUUCUUCCUUCACAUUCAGAUUACCCUGGGAGGUUCCGUUGCUGACUGCGACGGUGGUUCAAUGGCAUUGUCGCCAUUUUCCGGACGGUAUCAAUGCUUCCGUUAGUUUCUUGCAGCAGAUUUUCUCAAGCCUAAGAAGGACACAGCAGCUUAUUCUUUCUGGAUUCGCAGCAGAGGCCGUAAUGGAUGCUUUUCAAGUGUUCAAAAGGUCGAACUCAUUCCCAGAGGAGCUUCAGGUGAUUCUCUUGAGACGGUGGAUGAAUACGCCUGAUACUCCAUUGCUUGAGCUUCGACGCAAGGACUUUGUUGAAUAG